AGAGAAAGGGUAAAAAUGGGAUGGGGAGGUGGAGUUCCAAAGAGGGGAGGUGCAGGCAUCAACGCCCAUUCAAUUUUCGUACUUUUCUCAUUGUCCCCUCCCAACUCCUACGGGCCUGUCCUGAACGCUAUUACACAGUUUCGGGAAAUGGAUCAAAUGAGAGGAAAAGACAUUGUCAUGGUUUCGUCGUCUGAAGAAGAAGGAGUAGAAGAGGAAGACGACGACGAUGAUGAUGAAGAAGUAGAAGAGGAAGAUGAUGAUGAUGAAGAAGAAGAUAGCGAUUUCGAUGAAGCAUCAGAAUCCGAAUCCGAAUCCGAAUCCGAUGACAAUGACGUUGACGAUUCCUCUCUCUCCGAUAAAGUCGUCUCCCUACUUCGAGAAGGAAAGGAUAUUCAAUCCUUGAAACUAAAGGAAUGCAAGGCUUAUCUACGGAAUCAUGGCCUGAGAAUAGCGGGAAAUAGAGAUAUUUGUGUUGCCAGGAUAAGGGAGCAUUGGAGGUUAAAAUACGGGAGUGGAUACACGCUCUACCCAAAAUCAUCCUUUACCAUUAAUUGUACCGGUGAUGUCUGCACGGGAGAUGUUGUACUGUUCAGACAAAAGGUUUAUGAAAAGUUUAGUAAAGUGACUAGGCAUGGAAAAGUUAUAGGAAACAGAACUGUUGCUGGCAGGGUUGUGAAGGAGAGCUAUGGUGCAGCUAAACAACAGCAUACCUUCACUGUGGAGGUGUUGUGGAGUAUUGGGGUUAGGAAAUUGCCUCCACUCUCCCCUUUACUCGUAAAGGGACGGAAUCUCUACAAACAGAAAACUUACAGACAGAGAUGGGAAAAUGAAGCUGAUAGAAUCGAAGUACUUCAUGAGAAGCACAGACGCGGUGCAGCAGCGAGAUCUAAGAGAGCGUUGAAGAACAAAAAGAGAAGUUGUCUUGCGAAUGAAUGUAGAGGUAAUUUUGGAUUUCAGCAGACGGGUCUGUUGCACUAUGUUAUAGUUUUUCACAGUAUUAGUGGAAGAUCCUCUGUAGAUAAUGUGAGGCACCAAGAUGGCUUCAGAAGAGCAAAUAGCUUUCAACCUCGAGCGACCACUUCAUCAACUCCAGUAACAUGGAAGGAGAAUGCAUCCUCAAGAGCGUCCAGAUAUACUGGAGGAAGUCAUCAUUCGGAUGAAUUUGACCGUUACCAAGUUCCAGUUUAUCCAUCAUAUGAUAGUUAUCCGCAAAGUACAUACCGAUAUCAUGUAAAUUCUCAAAGCAGGAACGUGCCAAGCGAAUUCUUUUAUCACAACAGAGGUCUAAUUCCACCUUACAGGCCUCCUGUUGGUAUUCCACCUUACAGGCCUCCUGUUGGUGAAUUCACAACUAGAUCGCAACACCUGGUAACCAACCAUAAUCGUCAUACCCAGACAAACCCAUACGACAUCGAAUUGAAGAAUUAUGGAGGGAGAAAGUACGGUAUAUGAUGUGAUCUAUUUUUCAUUUGGAAGACUCAGACUUAAACCAUUUUGAUUUCGCCUUUGAACAGUGGCAUGAUCUUAGGCUCCCCAGUUUUAGUUCACAUCACAGUGGAUGGAAUUUAAGUUUUUUUUUUCUGAAACGUUGGGUUUGGGUUAGGAUUUUUAGGAUGUACAGAUACUUCAUCGUAGUUAAUGAACCGAUAUACAAUCAUGUCAAAUAGAUGAUGCUCCUGAUAUGCUUUUGGAUACUUGUAACUAGUGUUGUUGACUAAAAAUUCUUUGAAAACUUUCUUCCAUAUAA